GCUGUUGAAUGCAGAGUACGGUCACACUUUAGCUUAAAGAUGUCUUGAUAAGAAAGCGAAUCCCAGCGAAAAAGCUUAGAAAAAUGGCCGAUACUUUGCCAGUUAAUAGCGACUCGGGCACCGAUGAGGAGGAGGAGAUGGAGCCAAAGUUCAAGUACCAGCGCAUUGGGAACGAUCUGAGUAAUAUACUCAACACGGACGUUGUUACAUGCAGUGCCAUCCAUCCAAAGUUUCUCAUAUUUGGUACAUUCCGAGGGCGUGUCUACCUUCUGGAUCACCAAGGCAACUCAGUGGACUCCAACCUGAGCAACGGGGAUCGUCACACACAUACCGUAGCUGUUAAUCACAUUGAUGUAGAUCCUAAGGGCGAAUAUGUCGCGACAUGCUCUGACGACGGACGCGUCAAUAUUACGGGCUUGUUCAGCUGCGAGAACAAUCAAAACCUCAGUUUUGGCAAGUUUAUAAAGGCGGUGGCCCUUGAUCCCGAAGUCAAAUCGGGUGUGCGACGAUUCAUAGUCGGUGAUGACAAGCUCACGCUCUAUGAGCGCAAUUUACUCAAGAAACUAAAGCCCAGCGAAUUGUGUUCUGUGGAGGGAAACGUUUUGGCCAUUUGCUGGCAGGGUAACUUUGUCGCGUGGGCCAGUCAUUUGGGCGUGCGCGUAUAUGAUCUAAGCGAGAAAUGCUCACUAGGCCUUAUGAAAUGGGAGGUUCCGGCAGAGGCACGUCUCGAAAACUUCCGAUGUCACCUGCGCUGGUCCAAUGCCAACACGCUGCUCAUCGGUUGGGUGGACACCAUUCGAAUUUGUGUUAUACGCAAGCGUAACAGCAUUGAAGCAUCUUCGAGCAAUCUGCCCGGUUUCGUUGUUGAUCCAAUCUCCACGUUUCAAACGACUUUCUACAUUUGCGGACUGGCUCCGCUUGCUGCCAGCCAGUUGGUUGUGCUAGGCUACCGAAAGGAUCGCAGUCCCAACUAUAAAGCACAGCGGCCACUGCUGUGCGUCAUCGAGUACAAAAUGAAUACCUCCGAAGAGGUGUGCACAGACAGCCUCACCUUGCGCGGCUUCGAGGAGUACACGGUCAAUGAUUACAGCCUGGGUUGCAUCAUUGAGGAGAAUCGCUACUACAUUGUAGCACCCAAAGAUAUUGUGGUGGCCAGCCUAAUUGAAACGGACGAUCGUGUGGAGUGGCUAAUCGAGCACAACAAAUUCGAAGAAGCCAUGGAGGUUUGUUCACAUGGAAGCACAAUACCAAUGCUCUAUGUAGCUAGGCGGUAUAUAAACCAUUUGCUGACCAUGAAACAGUACGAAGACGCUGCCAAGCUUUGUCUUCGUGUGCUGGGCAACAAUAAGGCUCUGUGGGAGGAGGAGGUUUUCAAGUUUGUCAAGUGUCAGCAAUUGCGUUGCGUGAGCGCAUAUUUACCCACCUCGGAUGAUUGUAAACUAGAUCCCCAUGUCUACGAAAUGGUGCUCUAUGAGUUCCUCAAGUUUGAUGUGCAUGGCUUUUUAAAUCUGAUCAAGGAGUGGCCGCCCAAGCUGUACGAUGGCCUGGCUGUCAUAAAUGCCAUACAUGAUCAUUUCCGCAAACAGAAUGCGAACGAGUUGCUCGAGUCCUUGGCACUGCUCUACUCCUACCAGGGCGACUACGAAAGCGCGUUGCGCAUGUACUUGAAAUUGCAGAAUAAAGAUGUAUUUGAGCUAAUACGGCGCUUUGAGCUGUACGAUGUUAUCUCUAAACUAAUCAUUCCACUCAUACAACUGGAUCGCGAACGUGCCUUUAAAAUAUUAUUAGAUAAGAAUAAAAUAAAACCAGAAGUGGUUGUUCAUCAAUUGGAACAGAAUCAGGAGUACCUUUAUUGGUAUCUGGAUGCGCUAGAUAAGAUCAGCAGUCAGGGCACAUUCCACAAUAGACUAGUUGCUCUGUAUGCCAAAUAUGAUCGAACCAAAUUGCUGCCCUUUCUACGCCGUUCUAAUGACUAUGUGAUACAAGAGGCGCUGGCGAUAUGUAAACGCGAAGAGUUUUAUCCAGAAAUGGUCUACUUAUUGGGUCGCAUGGGCAGCAUCGUGGAGGCGCUAAACAUAAUCAUCCACAGCAUAAAGGACAUUGAGAUGGGCAUUGAGUUUUGCAAGGAGCACAAUGAUGAGGAUCUUUGGAACAUACUCAUCGAAGAAUCCACCAAACAGCCUGAAAUAGUAACCAAAGUACUGGAUGGCAUUGUUGACUAUGUGGAUCCCGUGUUGGUUGUCAAUAAGAUCAAACUCGGCCAGGCAAUACCGAAUCUUCAUCAAUCUGUUGUUCAGAUGCUGUGGCAUUACAAUCUCGAGGAGCAGGUGCACGAAAUUGCCCAUAAAAUCCAGUUGACCGACUACUUUGACACACACGCCGAGGUAGUGGCCAUGCAACGACGCGGGCGUCAGGUAUCCUAUGAUAAGGUGUGUCCCAAAUGCAGUCGUCCGGUGAUCGUGAAGGACACUGCGCCGCCCAACGGCCUUACCAUAUUUAACUGUGGCCACAUUUACCACAACAACUGCAUGAUCGACAAUCGUUGCGACCAAUGCUUGGACUGGGAUAGCAUAUUGGAGGACGACGACUAAUCAUCAUUGAAAGACAAAAACGACUGUAAAUGGAAAAUCUGAAAGCGGCAAUGUGUAAAUUGAUAGCUUUAAGCUUUGCUUUUAUGUAUAUGUUUAUUUAUUUAUUAAUUUAAUACAAAAUAAAGUCCAGUAAGCGAGAAUUUAUAUUGUACGCGCUUCAGCAAUAUUGCUAUAUUAUA